GGACCAAAAAAAAAACUACCGUUGUAACUUGUUACCUGUUUUGUUGACAUCCGUUUUUCAAACGCUAAAGCUUUCCCGAUCGACUCAUCUGUUCGAAUGGCUUCGAGUUACCGGAAGGGAUCCUUCUCUGCGAGCCAAAGGAAAAAGGCAAAUAGCAAAGUGGAACUGACCGAGAACCAGCUUCAAGAAAUUAAGGAGGCGUUUAAUCUGUUCGAUACAGAUGGAACUGGAACGAUAGACGUUAAAGAGAUAAAGGUUGCUAUGAGAGCUCUUGGUUUUGACCCAAAGAAAGAUGAAAUCAAGGCGAUGGUUGCAGACUUUGUGAAAGAUGGCUCUGUAACAGUUAGUUUCAAUGACUUUGUCAGCAUGAUGACUCAGAAAAUGACUGAAAAGGACUCCACAGAGGAAAUAAUGAAAGCUUUCCGGCUGUUUGAUGACGACGGCACAGGCAAAAUCUCAUUCAAAAAUCUCAAGCGAGUUGCCAAGGAGCUGGGGGAAAACCUUACAGAUGUGGAGCUGCAGGAAAUGAUUGACGAAGCAGAUCAAGACGGGGAUGGUGAGGUCAGCGAGCAAGAGUUCCUGCGGAUAAUGAAGAAGACCAACCUUUACUGAAUCACCUGCUGGCUGUUUAAUCUCUGCCUUUAAGUAUUCAUGUUAGAUCCUGUUUGUUCUGUAGCUUUUCUGGGACAAAGUCUUCAUUUGUAAAUAAGUAUUUUUAUUCUACUGUAUCUUUGUGCAGAUUAUUUUCUAUAAAACCAACAAAUGUA